GUUGUCCUGCCGGAGAAGCUCCCCAGUCGCCGUAUAUUAAGCAGCAGCGAUGACUGUUUAGCGGUAUGUCUCGGCUCGUAGGCUCUUCUCCGUUCCUUGGUUAGAAUGCGCAAUUCAAAGGCAGCCAAUGCCAUAGGUUUUCUAAUAGCCCGCGCCAAAUCCUCCACCAACAAUCCAUACUUUUCUCUUCUUCUCUCUUCUUACUCUUCUUCCAGGGCAAACAACAACCUGCGUUCUCUGCUUCUGCUAUCUUCUUCCUCUUCGGCCAUUUCUCAUGGCAGAUUUCUCAUCGCGAAUCGGAGCUUUUGCGGGUACGCCGCUGAGCAGUUCUCCGACGACGAAUACGACGAUAUUGAGAAUCACCAGGCAUCGUCUUCGGUCGCUAACAUAGACGAAUGGAAAUGGAAACUCAGCCUUCUAUUAAGAAACGAGAAGGACCAAGAGAUUGUAUCCAGAGAUAAAAGAGAUAGACGAGACUAUGAGCAGAUAUCUAAUCUUGCCAAAAGAAUGGGACUUUAUUGUGAAAUGUAUGGGAAAGUCGUAGUUGCCAGCAAAGUUCCUCUUCCUAACUACAGGCCAGAUUUGGAUGAUAGGCGGCCACAGAGGGAGGUGGUUAUACCUCUGGGCUUGCAGAGGAGGGUGGAGGGUUUAUUGCAGGAACACCUAGAUCGAGCCGAGUUAAGUUCUGGAAAGGUCACUAACAAUAUGGGUGAUGAUAAGUCUAUUGAUCAGGUUGAGUGUAUUAACCUGGAUGAUAACGCUGACUCAUUCCUUGAUCAAUCUGUCAUGGAGAAGGUUCUUCAGAGGAGAAGUUUGCGAAUGCGUAAUAUGCAAAGAGCUUGGCAAGAAUCACCUGAAGGUAGGAAGAUGCUGGAAUUUCGGAAAUCUCUACCAGCAUUCAGGGAGAAGGAUAGGUUGCUGCAAGCUAUUGCACAAAAUCAGGUGAUUGUAAUAUCCGGUGAGACUGGGUGUGGGAAGACCACUCAACUUCCGCAAUAUGUAUUAGAGGCAGAGAUUGAGUCUGGACGAGGAGCAUUCUGUAGCAUCAUCUGUACACAACCACGGAGAAUAUCUGCUAUGGCUGGUUCAGAAAGAGGGUCUACAGAGAGAGGAGAGCCUCUUGGUGAAACAGUUGGCUAUAAAGUUCGAUUAGAGGGGAUGAAAGGGAAAAACACUCACUUGCUCUUUUGUACAAGUGGUAUUUUACUUCGACGCUUGCUGAGUGAUCGCAACCUAAAUGGAAUAACCCAUGUUUUCGUUGAUGAAAUUCAUGAGCGAGGCAUGAAUGAAGACUUCCUAUUGAUCAUUUUGAAGGAUAUGCUUCCACGCCGUAGGGAUUUGCGAUUAAUUUUGAUGAGCGCUACUCUAAAUGCCGAGCUAUUUUCUAAUUAUUUUGAAGGGGCGCCAACAAUUCAUAUUCCGGGCUUUACAUAUCCAGUACGAGCACACUUUCUAGAAGAUGUACUGGAAAUGACUGGCUAUAAGCUGACUUCUUUCAACCAAAUUGAUGAUUAUGGCCAAGAGAAAAUGUGGAAAACACAGAAGCAGCUGGCUUCACGAAAAAGGAAAAACCAAAUUACUGCUCUUGUUGAGGAUGCUCUUAAUAAAUCAAGCUUUGAGAAUUAUAGUGCUCGGGCACGCGACUCUCUAUCAUCAUGGGUACCUGAUUGCACAGGUUUCAAUCUUAUUGAGGCAGUUCUAUGCCAUAUAUGUCGAAAGGAACGACCUGGUGCUGUUUUAGUGUUCAUGACUGGGUGGGAGGAUAUCAGCUGCUUAAGGGAUCAAGUUAAAGCUCAUCCUUUGUUGGGUGAUCCUAACAGAGUUCUGCUUCUAACAUGCCAUGGUUCAAUGGCAACUUCUGAACAGAAACUUAUAUUUGACAAACCACCUCCAAAUGUACGUAAAAUAAUUCUCGCUACAAAUAUGGCAGAGGCAAGCAUUACAAUCAAUGAUGUAGUGUUUGUGGUUGAUGGUGGAAAGGCAAAAGAGACAACAUACGAUGCCUUGAACAAUACCCCUUGUCUACUACCUUCUUGGAUAUCACAAGCAUCUGCUCGGCAAAGAAGGGGUCGGGCUGGGCGUGUGCAGCCAGGCGAAUGUUACCACCUUUAUCCCAGAUGCGUUUUUGAAGCUUUUGCAGAAUAUCAGCUUCCUGAACUGUUGAGAACUCCUUUAAACUCUCUAUGCUUGCAAAUAAAGAGCUUGCAGGUUGGGAGUAUAGGCGUGUUCUUGUCAGCAGCUCUGCAACCGCCAGAACCACUUGCAGUUCAAAAUGCCAUCGACUUUUUGAAGAUGAUUGGGGCGCUAGAUGAGAAUGAGGAUUUAACAAAUCUUGGAAAAUUUUUGUCCGUGCUCCCAGUAGAUCCCAAACUAGGGAAAAUGCUGAUCAUGGGAGCUAUCUUUCACUGUUUUGAUCCUAUUCUUACAAUAGUAUCUGGCCUUAGCGUCAGGGAUCCUUUCUUAUUGCCUCAAGACAAGAAAGAUUUAGCAGGAACAGCAAAGUCUAGAUUUUCAGCAAAGGAUUACAGUGAUCACAUGGCCCUUGUUCGUGCAUAUGAAGGAUGGAAAGAUGCAGAAAGAGAAGGAUCGGCAUAUGAGUAUUGCUGGAGGAAUUUUCUCUCAGCCCAGACACUUCAGGCCAUCCAUUCUCUUCGAAAGCAAUUUAGCUACAUUCUAAGAGAUGCUAGCUUGAUAGAUGUUGAUGCAAGCAACAAUAACCGAUUGAGUCACAACCAAUCAUUAGUUCGUGCAGUCAUUUGUUCUGGGCUGUUUCCUGGCAUAUCAUCUGUAGUGCACCGAGAGACAUCCAUGUCUUUCAAAACAAUGGACGAUGGCCAAGUUUUAGUAUAUGCGAAUUCUGUAAAUGCACGUUACCAAACUAUUCCUUACCCAUGGUUGGUCUUUGGGGAAAAAAUAAAGGUCAACACUGUCUUCAUACGUGAUUCUACUGGCGUAUCUGAUUCAGUACUUAUCCUUUAUGGUGGUUCUUUACACCAAGGAGUACAGGCUGGGCAUUUGAAGAUGUUGAACGGUUAUAUCGACUUUUUCAUGGAUCCUAGUUUGGCCGAGUGCUAUUUGAAGCUUAAGGAAGAACUUAAUAAGCUUAUUCAAGGAAAGCUUCAAGAUCCUAGCCUGGACAUUCACAAGGAAGGGAAGUACCUUAUGCUUGCAGUUCAAGAGCUGGUAUCUGGAGAUCAAUGUGAAGGGAGGUUUGUAUUUGGCAGGGAAACCAAGAAGCCCAAGGAAACUGAUGACAAUAGCAGAUUCACCAGAGACGGUACAAAUCCAAAGAGCCUUCUUCAAACUCUGUUGAUGAGGGCAGGACAUUCUCCUCCCAAGUACAAAACCAAGCACCUCAAGACAAACGAGUUCAGAGCGCUUGUAGAGUUCAAAGGUAUGCAGUUUGUUGGGAAGCCCAAGAGAAACAAGCAGCUCGCCGAGAGGGAUGCUGCCAUCGAGGCAUUGGCAUGGUUGACUCACACUUCCGACAACAGCCAUCAUGAAGAUGAUAACUCCCGACCUGAUGUCACGGAUAACAUGCUGAAACUUCUUGGGAAGCGUAGAAGAUCUAAACGUCGGUGAGGUUGAUGACGGAUUACAGGUAUAGGUUGAUCUUUAUACACCAUUGCCAUCUCAGGUUUCUGCUCAUUAUGUCUUUGGAUGAGAUACUAAACUUCAUCUCUUUUGCUUCGUCGACAAGCAAUAUGGGUAUAUGGCAAAUGUUGGAAGGUGGCAGAGCGGUUCCCUCAUUGGCAUUUACCUUGUUAGAUAUAGCAUUGAAAGACUAACCACUUCUCUGGACAGAUGUUAAAUGCAAGUCAAAGAUUGAUUAAAGAGAUGAGAGGAGUUUUCAACUUUUCAUCAAGAAAGCUACUUACAUGAAUGAGGUGAAAAAUGUUUGUGGUGUAGAUGAUUAAGGAGCUGUAUUAAUAAGCACAACUGAAAUUUUGCUUCAUUCACAGGUCCUACAGAGAACAUAGUGAGCGGCUACCAGUACCUUGGGGACAGAUUUUUUUUUUUUUUUUUUUUUUUCUGGAGAAAGAAAAUUACUAAAUUCCAUUAGUGGUAUUGUAAUCAUAUUUUUGUAACUUAUUAUAUGAUUUCUAACAAUGUGUAAAUGAUCCCAUUGACAUUAUCUUAUUGUUAAGAAAGUACAAUAAUCUUUAAAAAAAAAAAAGA